AAUUUCGUGGGGGAAAAAAAUAUUUUAUUGCAAAUUCUUCCAAUAUUAAUAAGAAACCGUAUAUUAAUUAUAAGGAAAUGCAGCUACUUCUACGUUCUAGUGUGCUUCAGCAAUUCAAGCGCAUCUGUGACCGCCGUUUUAUAACACAAAGCGCGACCGGUAUCCAGGUUUCGGAGCUUACAAAUGAUAUAAAACAUGAAAUCGAGUCUCAUUGGCGCGCACAAGUAUCACAAGGACAAUUCGAUCCAGAACGCGGCGAAAAAUUUUAUGUGCUUUCAAUGUUUCCAUACCCAUCAGGUGCCUUGCAUAUGGGUCACGUAAGAGUUUAUUCCAUUAGCGACACUGUGUCACGCUUUCAUCGAAUGUGUGGUAAAAAUGUUUUCCAGCCCAUUGGCUGGGAUGCUUUUGGUUUACCAGCUGAAAAUGCUGCCAUACAGCGUGGUGUGGAGCCAGCCAAAUGGACGGAGGCUAAUAUUGGUCAAAUGAAGCAGCAAUUGCAAGCGCUAAGUUGUUCUUUUGACUGGAAACAUGAAAUGUCCACUUGCACGCCGGAAUAUUAUAAAUGGACGCAAAAACUGUUCUUGAUGCUUUAUAACAAGGGAUUAGCAUAUCAAAAUGAGGCUUUGGUUAAUUGGGAUCCAGUCGAUAACACUGUACUAGCUGAUGAACAGGUGGACGCAAAUGGUUGUUCAUGGCGUUCAGGCGCAAAGGUCCAGAAAAAAUUGCUCAAUCAGUGGUUCAUACGCACUACUGCCUAUGCUAAAGCACUAUUAGAAGGAUUGGACGAUCCAAUACUUCAAGAUUGGCGUGAUAUUAUUAAUUUGCAGCGUCAUUGGAUUGGCGAAUGUGACGGAUAUGCAUUUCAACUGCUUACGUCAGCCUCAAACUCGCUACGUAUUUGGACCAAUAAUCCGGAACAUCUAAAAGAUCCAAAUUCAUUUCUAGUCAUCAAACCAAAUCAUUAUCUGUCAAAGUUACCCAAUGCAUCGCGCUUAACAGUCGAAAAUCCUUUCGCUGGCACAGUUAUACCAGUAAUUUUUAGUGAUAAAGCUAAUUAUGCCGAUCAUUGUGAUGUCUAUCUGGCGGCGCCAAGCUUUCGUGAGCAAGAUAAAGAACUGCAAGAAACAUUCGGCUUGGCAUUUUUUGCGCACACAAAUACCCCCAGCACUUUGGAUGUAAAACGUACGCGAGAAGAAGUCGUGGAAGCGGCAACACGUCUUCAGAUCGGAGGCUAUCGUGUUUCAUCAAAGCUGCAAGAUUGGUUGAUAUCUCGGCAGCGUUACUGGGGAACGCCCAUACCUAUUAUACACUGCAAAAAGUGUGGAGCUGUGCCUGUACCUGAGGACCAGCUGCCUGUGGUGCUUCCAGAGAAAAAAUGUUUAGAGGAACAACGUGAUGAGACUUUGCGUUGCACUUGUCCCACAUGUGGUAGCACAAAUGCGCAACGGGAAACUGACACAAUGGACACAUUUGUGGAUAGUUCGUGGUACUAUUUGCGUUUUUUGGAUCCAAGCUUCAGCAAAGAUAUGGUAAAUAAGGAACUUGUCAAAAAAUGUAUGCCCGUUGAUUUGUACAUUGGAGGCAAAGAGCAUGCUGUACUGCAUUUAUAUUAUGCGCGUUUUGUAAAUCAUUUUUUGCACACAUGUGGACUAUCACCGACACCAGAACCGUUUUCAAGGUUGCUUGUGCAGGGCAUGGUUAUGGGGCGAUCAUUUCGAAUAAAGGGUUCCGGACGUUACGUGAAAGAAGAGGAGGUUGAAAUUGUGAAUGCCAAGAAGAACCAAGCGCGAUUGAAGGACACCAAAGAACCGGUUGUAAUGACUUGGGAGAAAAUGUCAAAAUCUAAAUUGAAUGGCGUUGACCCAACGGAUAUGUUUAAAGAAUAUGGCACUGAUACCACCCGUCUUAUAUCACUGGCUGAUGUGGCGCCGACUUCACACAGAAAUUGGUCAAGCGCGACGUUCCCUGGAAUACUUAACUGGCAAAAGCGUCUUUGGUUAACUGUAAACGACUUUCAUGCAUCACGUACUACACCUGAUGAUAGCGAGAGUGAAAAAAUUGAUAUUGAAAGCGAAUCAUUCAAGGCAGAAGAUGCUAAAAUGUUCGAUGCACGCAAUUUCUAUGUAAAGGGUGCCACAUUUAACUACCGCCAUACGCACCAACUAAGUGUAGCUAUCUCUAAAAUGCAGGGUCUAACGAACUCUCUACGGCGUGCUCCGAAACAUAUUAUACGCUAUAGUCCACAAUAUGAACGGGCAUUAGCUAGUCAAAUCAUUAUGCUCGCACCGAUGGCGCCACAUUUUGCUUCAGAGUUAUGGUCAAAAUUUGUAGCUGUGCCGAACCGAUUGAGUGCAACGACGCCAGAACUGCAGUGGGAGCGCGAUGUGCUGGAGCAAAGCUGGCCCGAUAUUGACUCAGACUACAAAUUAGAUUUAACAAUUAAGGUUAAUGGAUUUGAAAAUUGUGCAAUAAAGGUAGCGCGAAAUAACUUGGAUAGGAUUACACACAACGAUGCAAUGGACAUUGCGUUCAAUACCGCAUCUGUAACUUCAUAUUUGACGGAUAAGAAGAUACGAACAACGAAUUUCGUACUUUAUCCGGGAAUUGAGGCUAUACUAAAUAUUUAUGUGGACAAAAUUAAGCAUACGUCUGCGCAGCCGACUAAUUCAGAUGAGGAGGUGUUUAACAAAUAAUUUUAAUCUUUAACUUGUUGUAAGUAAGCUUAGUAUAUAGAUAUGUAUGUAGGUGUUUAUAGUUUCAUGCGUAAGUGGUUAUAAGUUUAGCAAAUCGAAAUAUUAUUUAUUAAUUGGUUGCUCUAAACUGAAUGAUCUUCAUAUCUGGACUAAUGUCGGCGGCAGAAUGUAUGCAUUACUAUACAUUAUACAUACAUACUUAAGUAAAGUGGAUUUCCAUAUUUUGUGCAUAUUGCAUAGGCAAUACAAAUUUUGGCGUUGUUUUAAAUAAAUGCGCAUUUGUUACUGCAUUGAAUUGUGUUUCAACACUACGAAGACCGAAAUUUUGAAUUACCUAGAAAGACAAAGAGCGAUUAAAUGACGUAUUACAGGUUAUAAUAUUUCAUUUAUGUUUUAUGGUUUCAUUUUUGUGUUUUAUUCAUUGUAAUGUAUAAAAGUAAUAAAAAGUCGUUUCGUUCAACUACCCACACAUAUGUAUAUUCAGCGAUAUGCUAAUAUUGCUGUCAAAUGACCGCCGCGAUCUUUCCAAUUAGGUAAUAAUUUUUCAUAAACAUAUCCAGCUGCAUAUCAGUAUAAAUAUAUCAGAAUAGAGUAAAAAAGUCGGAUUCUUAGAAGUCAUGAAACUCUUUGGAAUUAUGUUCCAUCAAAAAUGUGGUUGUGCGGGUUGUGCGGCCAUUUGACCGCUUUGGUCUAUCUCGUGUUAAAAAUAGGAUUGGGUCAGUUCGUAAUUGAUGGAUAUUGGAUGGACGGUUAAAUGCAGAAUUUAAACUUAGUUGCGUAAAUAAGGCAUUUCUAUGAACUAUAGUAAAUGAAUAAAAUUGUUUAAUUCUUUGCAGUAAUAUCGAACGAACUGCACCCUUGGCA